GUCCCCUUUAAGAGGAUUCUUGUAGCCUCCGCCGAUCCUUUCGCUUCCGUUCCACGUUCCCACAAUGCAGUGCGGCUGAGCGCCUCCGAGCUCGCGGGGACGCUCUGGGAGGACCUGAGCUGAGGCGGCAGCGGCGCGACUUGAGCUGCGGCGGGCCCGCGGCGUCGGGCGGUGCGGAUGUCGGGUUGGGCGGACGAGCGCGGAGGCGAGGGCGACGGGCGCAUCUACGUGGGGAACCUUCCGACAGACGUGCGCGAGAAGGACCUGGAGGACCUGUUCUACAAGUACGGUCGCAUCCGCGAGAUCGAGCUCAAGAACCGACACGGCCUUGUGCCCUUCGCCUUCGUGCGCUUCGAGGACCCCCGAGAUGCUGAGGAUGCAAUUUAUGGAAGAAAUGGUUAUGAUUAUGGCCAGUGUCGGCUUCGUGUGGAGUUCCCCAGGACUUACGGAGGUCGGGGUGGGUGGCCCCGUGGUGGGAGGACUGGGCCUCCUACAAGAAGAUCUGAUUUCCGAGUUCUUGUUUCAGGACUUCCUCCAUCAGGCAGCUGGCAGGACCUGAAAGAUCACAUGCGAGAAGCUGGAGAUGUCUGUUAUGCAGAUGUGCAAAAGGAUGGAAUGGGGAUGGUUGAGUAUCUCAGAAAAGAAGAUAUGGAAUAUGCCCUGCGUAAACUGGAUGACACCAAAUUUCGCUCUCAUGAGGGUGAAACUUCCUACAUCCGAGUUUAUCCUGAGAGAAGCACCAGCUAUGGCUAUUCACGGUCUCGGUCUGGGUCAAGGGGCCGUGACUCUCCAUACCAAAGCAGGGGUUCCCCACACUACUUCUCUCCUUUCAGACCCUACUGAGACAGGGUCUCGCUAUGUAGUUCAGGCUGGCCUUAUGUCGUCCAGGCUAGUCUCCAGCUCACGGGGAUCCUCCUGCUUCAGCCUCCCGAGUGUUGGGAUUACAGGUGUGCGCCACCAAGCCCGGCUGUAAUCUCAUCUUAAUGCCACCAUCUGUAUGCACUUUCUUUUUUUCCAAGUGCCUUCACAGCAUCUUUAUCCACAUAGCAUCUGUGACCUCAUAGUUCCUACUUCAUUCCUUAGGUCACCUUGUGACUAUCUGGACUAUUCUGUUAAAACCACUCUGGGCAACACAUACCUGGGGGGGCCACAAAAUACUCCUCCACGACGCAAUGGGAGUUUUGUAGUAGUUCUUCAGCACAGUUGCCUUCUGCAACAUUGUCAGAUCUCAAGUAUAGACAUCUGCAAAACCCAGAAAUUAAAGGUUUACCUUCUCAGAGAAUGGUGCUUCUAGGGCAUGGUAGAGAAGGUCCCAGUGGUUGAAAGGAACAGCACAGUCCUGAGUUAGGUCACAACUCCAACACACAAGAGCUAUGGUCAAGAGUAGACCAAAUAACCAUCUAUAGUUUUUUUUUCAUUAAGUUUAUUGGUACAUUUUAGGUAUACAAUAAAAUUACAUUCAUCAUUAGGAUCUCGUACCUUUA